GACUUUAACGGCGCAUGGAGGGUUAAAGGCGGAAAAAAAAAAAAACCAAACAAGCAGACGUCUCAUUAGUUGUAAACAUUUUCCUGCACGCAAAUUCACAUGAGAUCGAAGAUGGAUGAUCUUUAUCUGUGGCAGAAAUAAGACCCUUGCAGGAUGGUGUUUUUAAACUUGAAAGAUGUACAUAUGAGACUGGAGAUAAUAAAUAUAAGUUUAGAAACUUGAUAGAAACGAAGUGGUUGUGUUUCUAUGAAAACAGAGUGGUACAGGCUUAUGAAAAUAUAUGUGUGGGUGUGUGAAAGGGUAGUGCGAAUUACAUUUAGCACACGGAGGUAAUUGGAAGGAAACACCUAAGUGCAGCAGUGAGUCGAUAGAGGAUCAGGUCGUCGGUGGCCGUCGGUGUGGCGGCGGCAGCAUGGCAGGCGGCCUGUUAGUGGAGCGGCUCCGAUUAGAUGUAGUGGGCAGGAGCGCGCGCCGCCGGAACCCGUCACGCCAGCAGCGCAGUGAAGAGCGCACGGUGCGAGCCUGCUGAAAACGCACGCGCUUUGCCGUCGCGCAGCACAGCGGCGCGUGGAGUCCGACGGGAAAGACAGAAAGAAAAGAAAAGAAACCACAGAGUAGAGUCAGGACCGAGCCGACAUCUGAACUCUGAACACACACACACACACACACGCACGCACACACGCACACACACAGGGGACGCGCAAGUUGGCUCGCGCGAGCCGCCACUCACUCUUCCACCGCUAACAUGCCUGCCGUCAAAAAGGAGAGAUUGGACGGAGAAGACAUGGCAUUAGGCGCCUUUGCGCAGCCCGAAUACUUGGCCCCUUUAAAUGCCGCCGCGAUCCCGGUCGUGACCCCUCAUCCGCCGCCGUACGACCACCUCUUCGCCCAUCCGCGCGCUUAUCUGGGGCUGCGCGACACGCCACUGCACCGGCAGCAGCACCUCCAUCACCACCAGCACGCGGACGACCUGAUGCUCGAGAGGUUCUCGUCCAUCCCUGACUUUCAGCCGUUCUUUGAUAACGGCGACCCGUGCAUCGAGGUGGAGUGCGGCGAGAACAAGGCACUGCUCUACAUCAACAAACUGUGCCAGGGCAGCAAAGGACCCUCCAUCAAGCACAGGGGCGAGUGGCUCACCCCGAACGAGUUCCAGUUCGUCAGUGGCAGAGAAACGGCUAAGGACUGGAAGAGGAGUAUCAGACACAAGGGGAAAAGUCUAAAGACACUUAUGUCCAAAGGAAUCUUACAGGUACAUCCUCCAAUCUGUGACUGCCCUGGGUGUCGCAUUUCAUCUCCAGUGAACCGUGGGCGUCUGGCUGAGAAGCGCACCAUCCCUUUGCCGCCAACUCGCGUACCCAAGAAGGAGCUGGCCUCCGUCUUCAGCAGUGACGAGAGCGAGGGUGGCGAGAGAAGCAGCACAGACCAUGCUGACAUCAAGCAAGAAGAAGAGCUCCACUACACUACGAUGAGAAAGAGUAGUCGUGACAGUGACCUCUCAACGAUCAUCUCCAACCUGCACCACACUCGACAGCACGGUAUGCCUGAGGGCCAGCCCUGCUCCGACAUCAGUCUCACCUCCACACACUCAGAUGACGUUCUAAGCAAGAAGAGAGCCUAUUCCCCGAGCAGCAGCAGCGAGUGCCCAUCUGACAGCAAGAAGUCCCGCAGCGUGUCUCCCAAAGAAAACUCCCACACCCCUGCACUGGAGCUGGGCAGUCACAUGACCCCAGAAGAACACUAUAGGCGGAUGAUGUCAGCGCUGAACGAGCAUGGCUCUUAUGAAGAGCAGCAGCAGCGUCUUUACCAGCUCGCCAGCAGCAUCCCUAGUCAUGAGCUGCUGCGAGCGCGUCAGGAGGCUCUGAGUGCUGUGAGGAACCCAGGAGCUAUGGAAGCUCACCUCCCCUCUGCAGGCAGCUCCUCCAGUCAGAGGAGGAAACAAGGCCUGCCCCAGCACAGGGAUGCACACUUCAGCGAGAGAGAAUUAUCCCAUCCUCCUCCGUUACUGUCCCCGCAGAACGCCCCUCAUAUUGCACUUGGCCCUCAUCUGCGGCCACCGUUCCUAGGCUUGCCCUCCGCUCUGUGCCAAGCACCAGCAUAUGGUUUCCUGCAGCCUGCUCAAGCUGAGAUGUUUGCACGUCAACAGGAGAUGCUGCGCAAACAGAACCUCGCUAGAUUGGAGAUGUCUGCUGAGCUGCUGAGACAAAAGGAGCUGGAGAAUGUUCAGCGUCAGCGCCUGUUAGCCGAGCCGCUCGCGCUCCAUCCGGGUCUACCCGCCGAGCACCCGGCUCUACGUAGCCUUCACGACAUGCCCGAUGAUGUCACCCGCCGCAAUGCCAUGCUGCUCUUGCGCCACAACAACACACCUCUGCUCUCACUUAGCCACCAUGGGGCGAUGGUGAGCAGUGCCUUCAAAGAGUCCAGCAGCCGUCGAAGCGCAAAGAAAGGUGGCACACUGCAAGGGGAUGACCCAUCCCAGUCCAAGGGGCCUGGGGGAGACACGGACCGAAACGAUGAAGACAUGAAAGACUCAGAAAGCGAUGGCGAAGCGGGUGAGGAGCGGCCAGAGGGACUGGGUAAAGCAGAUGGGCACAGCCUGAACUCUGAGGCUUGCCAAAGCAAGGACACGGCCAAGCCCAGCGAGGCGAUGAAGGAGCUCGGGGAAGGCUCGGGCAGGCUCAGCAUCCCUUGCAGCUCAACAGCGCCAGAAUCACCCAGCCAUCAUCUAUUCACACCAGGACUAAGCAAGAGCGAAGCCAAGUAUCUCCCACCAGGGGCACUGCCCCCUUUCCCCAUACUGCCAGGACAGACACUGCCUUUUGGCUUCCCCUACGCCAACCCUUAUUUCCACGCUGGCGCCAUGGGAGGUCUGUUUGUGGACGGGGAGGAGGCGGCGGCGGCGGCAGAGGACAUCAGCAAGUGGAGUGUGGAAGAGGUGUGCAGCUUCAUCAGCAGCCUGGCAGGCUGUGGAGAGUACGCCCAGGUGUUUCGGGAGCAGGCUAUUGACGGAGAGACGUUAGCCCUGCUGACCGAGGAGCACCUGCUCAACCACAUGGGGCUCAAACUUGGUCCGGCUCUCAAGAUCCGCUCUCAGGUGGCCCGACGCACUGGCAGAAUAUUUUACAUGACCAGCUUCCCGCUGGCCCUCCCACUGGCACCAUCUGCUCUGCGCCCGCCGGACCGAGACCCCCUGCCCACAGAGACCCGGCCACCCUCGGCCCGCAGCACCUCCUCCCCAUUUAGUGCCCCUCCAGCCUGCCGCGCCUCCCCCAAGCAGGAAAACGGAAACCCCCCUACAGGGGCGGCUUAUGACUCCACUAAGGCUCUCUCAUAGAGAAUACCAUUAAAAUGUUGACUGCUUCCCCGUACGGCUGGAGCAGCUCUACAGGAAGGAGACGGACAUAGAGAGGGGCGGAUGGGAGGAAGCGGAUGUCUUUGAACUAUUCUUUUCUUCCUUUGGCCUCCCCCCCCCAUUUCCAAAAUCGGAAAAAAAAGCGAACUUAAGGACCUUUGCGCUGAGGCACUUAUAACGUGGCAAGAAUUGUACAGCUAUAGAGACUGAAACAAUGCAAGUCUACACAGCUCCACCCAGUGCAGUGGCUGCGAAAUAAACCAAAUCCAAAGAUGAGUAAAUGGGGCCUGGAGACAAGACAGGAAGCAACAGUGUGUGUGUGUGUGUGUGUGUAUAUAUGUAUGUGUGUGCAAGAUAAACGUGAGCAGACAGUGCUUCAACGCCAUGCCAGAGAGUGAGAGAGCCACAGCGUUCUUUCAUGGCAGGCAGACAGACCCUGUCUUUGCUGUGACAAACUCUUGCAGUACUCCGAGCCUUUCAGAGCAGAGAAAUCCAACAUAAAAGGCCAUUUAUUUUCCUGCUUUUGUCUUUCUUAAUCCAGCUUCCAGCCAUUUCAAAUCCUGGUUCUGAGAAACGGAAUCAUCUUGAGAGGAUUUAAAAAAAAAAAAAAAAAAAAACAGCACACACACACACAUGCAGCGAGGAACUCAUUUGCUCUUCAUCAGUGCAACUAUGCAUUCCACAGUCCAAUACCAAAGAUGAAUGGACAUGUGGAAUUUAAGCUGAUAGCUUGUUAUUGUACAGUUUCUCUAAGUUUACCUGUGACAAAUAGAAAAGGUACAUGGCUGCUCCCGGGCUCUGUGCAGGCCGUUAGGAGAACGCAGAGCACUUAAUACUCUCACAAUUAAAAGCCAUCAUUCGAAGGAACCGCCGAGAGAGGAGAAAAAAAAAAAAGACUUUCUGGUUCCUUUGCUCUGCGCUAUUCUGCUUGGUUGAGGGUAUCUGAUCUCCAGGUCUGUGGUAUAGACGGUGGAUCAUUCAGAGGUCACAUUUACGACUGGGGGAGAAUGUUAUGUUGAAUUGUACAAAAAAAAAAAAAUACUUGCUUUAGAGGAGAAUAUAGUGAAGGUAACAUAAGUGGUACUUUUUGUUAAGUAUUGUUGCACGAAUUACAUUUUUUAUUAUUAUUAUUAUUAUUAUUGAACAAAAUGUGACUGACUGACUUGGUGGCACUUUUGUUCAGUUUUUCUUUUCUUUUUUUUUUUUUUAUUUGCGAUGUAUUCUAGCUGAAAUACUGAGUCCCGAUUUCAAAUGCUACUUCAGCAUAUAAAUACAAGGGAAAAAAAAAUAUUUAUAGGAAUUUUUGUUGUAGGUGGAUUGACGAAUUACAGCAUAUAAAUAAAUUGUCCUCUAAAUGGAUCCCAAAGAAGAAUAAACUUUUUUCCUUUGUCUUUGUUGCAGGGAAAUAAAAGGCACAAAAGCUCUUUAUGCAAAUGUUUGAAAAAUUGUUUUGUUUCUCUCCCUUUUUUAAAUGUAAGCAAUGAAUUAAAAUCACGUCUAGAUUUUCCGUCUUUGUUUUGCCUUUAUCCUAUUUUUCUAUUCACCAAUGGGUGGAAUAAAUCCUAUGGAAAAC